GCAUCAUGAAUUGGAAUAAAGGUGGACCUGGUACUAAGAGAGGCUUCGGUUUUGGUGGAUUUGCCAUCACACCAGGAAAAAAAGAGGAGCCUAAGCUCUCUCAGCAGUCUCACAGUGCGUUUGGAACAGCCGGUUCUUCUGCUGCAUUCGCGAAGUCGGGACCUCCUCAGCUGCCUUCUUUCUACAAAAUUGGGUCAAAGCGAGCAAAUUUUGAUGAAGAGAACGCGUACUUUGAGGAUGAAGAGGAGGAUUCCAGCAAUGUCGAGCUGCCAUACAUUCCUGCAGAGAAUUCCCCCACUCGCCAGCAGUUUCAUUCCAAAUCAGCAGACUCUGACAGCGACGACGAUCCUCUGGAGGCGUUCAUGGCUGAAGUGGAGGAUCAAGCUGCUCGAGACAUGAAGAGACUUGAAGAUAAAGACAAAGAAAAAAAGAAUGUCAAGGGUAUUCGAGAUGACAUUGAAGAGGAAGAUGACCAAGAAGCUUAUUUUCGCUACAUGGCUGAAAACCCCACUGCUGGUGUGGUCCAAGAAGAGGAAGAGGAUAACCUGGAGUAUGAUAGUGAUGGGAACCCAAUUGCACCAUCCAAAAAAAUCAUUGAUCCUCUACCACCUAUAGACCACUCAGAGAUUGAAUAUCCACCGUUUGAGAAGAAUUUCUAUGAUGAGCAUGAGGAGAUCACCAGUCUCACCCCACAGCAAGUGGUGGAGUUACGUCAUAAGCUAAAUCUCAGGGUGUCUGGUGCUGCUCCUCCGAGGCCUGGCAGUAGUUUUGCUCAUUUUGGGUUUGAUGAGCAACUUAUGCAUCAAAUUAGGAGAUCAGAGUAUACUCAGCCCACUCCUAUACAAUGUCAGGGUGUUCCAGUGGCACUGAGUGGCAGAGACAUGAUUGGGAUAGCUAAGACUGGAAGUGGAAAAACAGCAGCUUUCAUCUGGCCGAUGCUGAUUCACAUCAUGGAUCAGAAGGAGCUGGAACCAGGGGAUGGUCCCAUCGCAGUGAUCGUCUGCCCGACCAGAGAGCUCUGCCAGCAGAUCCACUCGGAGUGCAAGCGCUUUGGGAAGGCCUAUAACCUGCGCUCCGUAGCCGUGUACGGAGGGGGCAGCAUGUGGGAGCAAGCCAAGGCCCUGCAGGAGGGGGCAGAGAUAGUUGUCUGCACACCAGGUCGUUUGAUUGAUCAUGUGAAAAAGAAAGCUACAAACCUUCAAAGAGUCACUUACCUUGUGUUUGAUGAAGCUGACCGAAUGUUUGACAUGGGGUUUGAAUACCAGGUCAGAUCAAUCGCAAGCCACGUACGUCCUGACAGACAGACCCUCCUGUUCAGUGCCACUUUCCGUAAGAAGAUUGAGAAGCUGGCCCGAGACAUUCUGAUCGACCCAAUUCGAGUUGUGCAGGGAGACAUUGGAGAGGCCAAUGAAGAUGUUACUCAAAUUGUGGAGAUUUUCCCCUCUGGCCCCAGCAAAUGGAACUGGCUGACUCGACGCCUCGUGGAGUUCACAUCUUCUGGGAGUGUUCUCCUCUUUGUCACCAAGAAGGCAAAUGCAGAAGAGCUGGCCAAUAACCUCAAGCAGGAGGAUCAUAAUCUGGGGCUGCUUCAUGGUGACAUGGACCAGAGUGAGAGGAAUAAAGUCAUUUCAGAAUUUAAGAAAAAGGCAAUCCCAAUACUGGUGGCUACUGACGUGGCAGCUCGUGGGUUAGACAUCCCUUCCAUCAAGACUGUCAUCAAUUACGACGUGGCUCGGGACAUAGACACACACACCCACAGGAUCGGGCGCACCGGCCGUGCGGGCGAGAAGGGGGUUGCCUACACCCUGCUGACUCCCAAAGACAGCAACUUCGCUGGUGAUCUGGUCAGAAAUCUGGAAGGUGCCAAUCAACAUGUUUCCAAAGAGCUGUUGGAUCUAGCAAUGCAGAACCCGUGGUUCAGGAAAUCACGUUUCAAAGGAGGAAAAGGCAAGAAGCUGAAUAUUGGUGGUGGUGGCUUAGGGUACCGUGAACGUCCUGGCCUGGGGUCAGAAAAUGCAGACCGUGGCAACAACAACAGUGUGAUGAGUAACUACGAGGCGUACAAGCCGUCCACGGGGGCGAUGGGGGACAGGCUCACAGCAAUGAAAGCAGCUUUUCAG